AUACGGUAAAUUGUUGCUUUUGUACCUCGGAGACUGGUGAGGACCAGAUUUUUCUGAGGCCCAAGUCCCAACCGCCUUAGCCUUUGAAAAGUCGCAACUAUGGAUAUUAAUUCAUCAACAGCUAGGGUUCCUGUAUGUUUGACGCGUAACUAUCUUUUUUGAGCCAGAAACCAACCACGACCCUUGGAUUGGUUGACUGACUUUCACUUUCCCAUACUUUUUAGUUUUUAAUCAUAUUUUGUUCUCCCUAUUGCAAGACAGAUGCAUAUAGAAAUUUAGCAAGUUAAAAAAAAAAGGGGGUUUCCAUGGAAGGAGAAGCCGGAUCAUACGAGGAAGUCAAGCCAAAUGUUGUCGUUAAAGAAAGUAAUGGCGAUAUGGUCGGUGAUAAUGAUGUUCGGAAGCUGGGAUCCGUUGAAGGAAAGAAAAUCUUCCAGAACUGUUCCCUAGCAAUGCCGGCAUCUGGACUAAAUACCACAAGCAUUGCUCCAUCGCAACUCACCAUCUUCUAUGGCGGAAGUGUUUGUGUAUUUGAUGCAAUUCCUGCGGAAAAGGUGCAAGAGAUUAUGCUUAUUGCUGCUACUGCUGCAGCUGCUGCUGCUAACUUUGUUGACAUGAAGAAUGCUGCACCUGAUUGUGCCACCACUUCACCCGUUCUUACGAGGUCUCCUUCACUUCAAAGUACUGCAACUGCUUCAGCUUCACCGCAGGCACCUGUGUAUCCUAUUCACAGGACUUCUCUUUGCAAACUACAAUCUGAACUACCAAUUGCAAGGAGACACUCCCUUCAGCGAUUUUUUGAGAAGCGGCGGGAUAGGCUGGUGAACAGGAACCCAUAUCCUAAUCCAUCAAUGCCAAAAGCGGCUGAUGACACCAAAGCUAACCUCAGUGCUGCAACUUCACCGGAAUCAGGCUGCUUUGGAAAAUCAACUGUUUCCAACCAAAUGCUCCAAGCCCAUGAUGCCUAAGCUAAGCGUAUAGGAAUUCUUACAUAUAUUUAAUAAAAACUAAAUCUUACUGUGUUAUUCUUGUAAAAUGCAAACUGCACUGGAUGACGACAUUUGACCUGCCUAAUGUAGCAUCUACUCACUUGUUUUCCUUUUGCCUCCGGAGGCAGUUGUGACGUCUUUUAGACCUAGGCACCUUGUCUCUAAUCUGUCUGACAAUUGACAAACUGAGCUAUCUAGGAUUUGCUAUGUAUGAAACAAUUACCUUGGUUUGUUGGCUCUCUCUGUUCUGUGGGUAUGUUAAGACUGAUAAUUUGUGUGUGAUCUGGACGGAACUUUUGGCUUAUUAUUGUUAUUUUUUCUGCAAUUAGCAUCCUAUGCAUCUACAGAGGUUAGAUAUAAAAAACUUUUAAACCAGGCCGGUGCUUGUACGCAUCGUGGGCAACGGUUGAUUGAACAAAAAAAAGAUGGAUUGUAGUUAAAAAGUAAUCUUCAACUGUGGAUCUGACCCAAAAAAAAACCUUCACCUUUCAACUGUGGAUGAUACUUUGGUAGUAAUAUUGACCAUGCAAGGACGGAUGCCGUUAAUAUUGCAUCAGUGCCAGAUGGUUUUUUAGGAACCGGACUUGAAUGUGACGUUACUCCUUCAACCGGUGCCACUAGAGAUUGGUUACCAAUUUCAGAUUUUCACUGCCAAUGAAUA